AUGUCGAAGCUGCUUCUCGUCUUCCUCUUCCUCUUCUUGGUUGGCGACGGCCAUGUCUCUUCCUCAUCCUUCCUCCUUCGUUACCUCAAGAAAUCAUCAUCAUCUUCUUCUUCUUCUUCUUCUUCAUCGCCUCUUGUGCACUCUCAACUCAGACUAUCGCAGCCGAACUCAGAGUCAGAGCUCGUAGCCAAUCCUUCAUCGUUCGAUCACUUGAAAUCGCUGGCCCCAUCUUGCGUCCUCUCGGUGGCCCUCCUCCCCCAACCCCUUCCAACCUCGGUCCUCUAUUCUCCGCCGUCCGAUUGCCCCUCUCCCUGGUCCCACGUCUCCCUCCACAUCCGCGUCACCUCACCUCCGCAGCACCAGUCCAACCACUUGCUUAGCCUCUGGCUUGGUGGCGCCGAGCUGCUCCGUACCAGCACCGACGGAGCAGGGUGUUGGGAGGUCCAGAAGGACAUCACCAGAUACUCCUCGCUCCUUUCGCAGUCUAGCAUCCAUCUCAUGCUUACAUCCCUCCAGCGGCCCUCUAACAUUGCGGUUUCGUGGGCCCACCUGGUCAACGUCACUCUGUUUUACUACAACCAUGAUUAUAGCUCUGUAAUCUCCGAUAAGGUCACCCUCCCGGCAACCGUGUCGGGUGGAGAUUUGAAGCGCAAUUUGGUCUCUCUGCAUUCUUUCGAUGACCCAAGUCCAUCAAACAGUGAAGAUCAGGUGCGGGAAGCUCCAUGGCGUUCGGAUGAUACACCGCCCGAUCUGAUCAUACCGGUCAACGGGGAUGGUGGAUUCUGGUUCAGAAUCGACAACGAGAGUACCGUCCAGUCAAAGGAUGUUCAGCUACCCCGUAAUGCUCGCCGAGCAGUACUUGAACUGUACGUGUCGUCUCAUGGAAGCGACGAGCUUUGGUACUCUAACGUUCCUCGUGAGAUCGAGCAUCGAGCCUUUAGGGAAGUUUUUGUGACGAUCGAUGGCAAAAUUGUUGGAUCGGAAUCACCAAUCAUAGUUUUGCCGUUCGGAGCAUUUAGUUUUCCAUCUUGCGACAUCGAGUUGACACCUAUUAUGGGCUCCAUGUUGGACGGCAAGCCACAUCGUUUGGGGAUUGGAGUUUCCCACGGCAUUCCAUACUGGCUUGCAAGCGCAAAUCUUCAUGUUUGGUUGGAUCAUCAAUCAUCGGCAGUUGAAGCGAAGUCCAUACUGCAUCACUACCCUGCUCUUCACUACGAACAGGUGUUGGAGAAAGCCCAAGGGUCAUUGAAGGUGAAGGCGAAGAGGAAGAUCAAGCUCUUGGGUUGGCUUAAAACCAGCAGAGGGAAUUUCACUACUUACGUAUCCCAAGAACUUGAGUUCGAGAGCUUCAUAAGGUACGGAAAGAACGAAACUUGCAGCGGGAGUGGGAUGGUGGAGCACGAGAUUGAAUCGGAGAGAGAGGUGCUCGUGAAAUCGGAAACUGGUGAGGUAAUUUCCAAAAAGACAGCAAAAAGAAAGUACCAUGUCACUGUCAGCACUCAGAUUCUGCCGGAAUUUGAUGAUCUGAGUGUGCGUCGAACCACGCUGAACAUGAGCGUGAAGGAGAAGCAUGUUGAGAGAGAUGGGUCGAGAUAUUAUCACCUCACUCGAAAUUCAGCUGAAUUGAGGGAAUUGAAAGAGAAGGACCAAGCAGCGACUGGAGGCUCUGUGAAGACAGAGCAAAGGCUGAGUUAUAAGGAUGAAAGGGGAGGUUGCUACUCCAGGACUGUCGUCGCGGUUGAUGGGAAAGUCAUCCAGGAUGAAACGACCGACGGUUGUGCCACUGCUAUGUGA